UCCAUUUGCGACUUCUGUCUUCAAUGUACCCUCAACGAUGAAGUUCGUAUUUUUCUUGUCUUCCUUCGUUCUGCUACAACUGCUGGUAGCUAUCGAAGCGACGAGUUGUGUGUCAUGCCACUCCGUGGAAGAUCCGAAAUGUGUGGAAUCGAACUACACCACACACACCAAGGACUGCAACGGUGCGAACCCAUGUGCGGUGUCCAUUAUUGCGCAAACGGGACACACAUUCCGGGGCUGCGCCGCUGAUCCGGAAUGCUACGAUAAUGAACUGUGCGAAACGUGUGAUGGAGAGAGCUGUAACAGCGGCGUUUAUCCGCCCGAUCGGAGAUCCUGUGUGGAGUGUUCUUUGGCGGAUGCCAACUGCCGGAACAUAACGAACCCUCAGCAAUUCAGCGAAAUUUGCAGGUUGCACUUUGACAACGACGCUUGUGUGACGCUUUUCGAUGGGUAUGACCCUGCUACCAGAGGGUGUUUGUCGAGUCUCGAAGCGACUGAAAAGGAUAAAUGUGACAUCCCGUUGGGGGAAUGUGUUCUUUGUGCGGGGGAUAACUGUAAUGUGGUCAACGUUCGACCAGAUGAGAAGUGUUUGCAGUGCGAUUCGCGAGACGUGAAUUGCAAAAAUGCAACCCACGAUGCAACGGCUUGUCGGGAAAUCUCCUCGGGUAAAUGUUAUUCUAAGAUACUCACAAGUUGGAACAGUGCCGUAGAACAGGAUUAUGGUACAACAAAGCGCGGAUGCUUCUCUGAACUGUCCUCCACGGAUAUCGCUCGAUGUUUCUCGCCCUAUUGCGCCAUUUGCUCCGGACAAGGCUGCAAUCGAGAUCAACUGAUCGUAUUGAAUUCCUGCAAAACCUGUACCUCGGAACUCAAGCCGGCUUGUGUCAGAGAUCCAUUUACUGUUGCCGACAAGAAGUGUUCGGAGGGUGACAACGCAUGUGCGACGGUCAUCAACGCUACCACCGGGCAUCUUUUCCGGGGUUGUUCCACCGAACGGGAAUGCGUGGAUGCUGGCGACGAUUGCGUGAAAUGUGAUGCAUAUAGGAACUGCAACUUUCUGCGCUAUCCGGAAGGUCGUCUAGAAUGCAGUAUCUGCGAAACCUCGCACAAUGCGAGGUGCGCGACGCUUCCUUACGAUAGGCAGUUUUGGAACCCUUGUUUGAGACAUUUUCCCGAGGAUCAAUGUGUGACGAUCUUCGAUGGUUUCCGGGUCGUUAGGCGGGAAUGCAUGUCGGGAAUCGAUGAGAGUGAUCGUGCGAAAUGUGACGGGAAGAGUAGCGAGUGCGUUGUUUGUAGUGGCGUUUACUGCAACAAGAUCACGGUUCGGAAGGAUGACAGCUGCUUGCAGUGCACUUCGGAUGCUCCCAAUUGCGCUAAUGGUCUGAAGGUGUCGACGGUUUGCAGUACUGUGUCCGAUGGGAUCUGCUACAAUCGAUUGGACGAGGACGGGAAGCUUCAUCGGGGAUGCCUCUCUGAUUUGAACGAAGAACAGCAGGAACAAUGUCAAGAUCCGAGCAAUACUUCUUGCGUCACCUGCUCUGGCGAGGGAUGUAACAAGAGCCAGUUCCCGGUCGAUGGAUUGCGUUGUGUAGAGUGUCAUAGUGAGAAAGAUCCAAAAUGUGCUCAGCAACAAGAUGAAGAUUCAAUGGUGGCCAUAUGUUCAAUACAGCUAAGCGAUGGAAAAUGUUUUACCAGACUAAAUGAGGAUGGAACCGUUGAUCGUGGCUGCUCGACUUCACUCAACACCCCUUGUGAUUCUGAGCACAACGUGAGCUGUGUUACGUGCGAAGGUUCUACUUGUAACAACUACCUUUACCCAGAAAAUAGAAGGUUUUGUUUCCAAUGCAAUGCCUUGUACGAUAAAACCUGUGGGUUGGGGCAGAACGAUACAAGCGCUGCAAUGGUUUGCCGGAGGUAUGCGGAAAAUGACAAGUGCUACACUCUGCUAGAGCAUGGGAAUGUUACUAGAGGCUGCGCGUCGGAUUUUGACGUGGACAUCUGCCAGGGUUUGGAGAGAACCCAGUGUCAGAUUUGCGAUUCGAAUCACUGCAACAGCAUAUCCGAGGUUGGGUUGCGUUCGGUUGCUACGAAAUAUACCGUGAGUGUACUUUACAUUAUCCAACUAGUGCUAAUUCAAUUGAUUAUAAUUCAAUAAAAAUGAUAUUAAAUGUUAAUAAAACAAAAUUUAAACGAACAUCAUUCG